GUGAUAGCCCAUCGCUUGAGCACUGUGCAGGCUGCAGAUCAAAUAGUAGUGAUGGCGGCCGGCAAACUGGUGGAGAGAGGUACCCAUGCCGAGCUGGUGGCACAGGGGGGUGCAUAUGCCACGCUAGUCAAUGCGCAGCACUUGACGUUCGAAUAGCUUGAUUCAAUAAAGUGAUUGAGAAAGCUUGCUUUCUUGUCCUUUGCAAUAGGCAUCGUUCUCAUUUCAAGUGGGCAUCGUUCUCAUUUCAAGUGGCAUGGUACAAUAGUCGCUUACUAGCUUAUAAGAAUCUAAACAUGCACACAUCAUGAUCCUAGUUGUGCGCCCCGUUCAAGUGACCGGCUGUCAAUUGGAGAUGGGCGAUUGUCUAGAGGGGGGGGUGGGUGGGAAAGUUGAUUGAGCCGUUUGAAAAAUGAGAGACGUGGGUGGAGGUAAAUGAGCUCCAACCCACGUAUAUGUAGUUGGAGAGGGGCGAGUAGCGCGCUUCGACGAUGCCCAAUGCUUCAGUACAAUCAGCUUCGCUUUCACAAUACACAAUUU